UACACAACAGGGAAAGAGAGUGCUAAAAGGCAGCACUGAAGCCAGAGGACGACUAGGUGAGCUGGGCGGUGAUGGACAGACUGCAGGACAUGGAGGAAUCCUCAGACUCUGACCCUGUCUGUGGAGAAAUCCCAGCCACCAGAGUUGAAUUGACUGUAUCAUGCAGGAAUCUUCUAGACAAAGACACAUUCUCGAAGUCCGACCCCAUGUGUGUCAUGUAUACUCAGGGAGUAGAGAGUAAGCAAUGGAGAGAGUUUGGACGUACUGAGGUGAUCGAUAAUUCUCUGAACCCAGAUUUCGUUCGAAAAUUCAUCUUGGAUUAUUUCUUUGAGGAGAAGCAAAACCUUCGAUUUGACUUGUAUGAUGUUGAUUCAAAAAGCCCUGACCUGUCCAAGCACCAGGAUUUCCUUGGUCAAUGUUUCUGCACACUAGGCGAAAUUGUUGGUUCUCCAGGAAGCCACCUAGAAAAAUCAUUAACAAUUGGACACAAUGCCCUUAAUUCAAGAACAGGGAAACCUGCACCAGCAAUGUCUAAUGGAGGAAUUCACAGCAAGAAAUGCGGUAUCAUUAUCAUAUCUGCUGAAGAGCUGGGUAACUGCAGGGAUGUCACCACUAUGCAGUUUUGUGGAAGCAAACUGGAUAAAAAAGAUUUCUUUGGAAAAUCUGACCCUUUUAUGGUAUUUUAUAGGAGCAAUGAGGAUGGGACAUUCACAAUUUGUCACAAGACGGAGGUGGUUAAGAACACACUCAGCCCUGUAUGGCAGCAGUUUUCCAUCCCAGUGAGAGGACUGUGCAAUGGAGACUAUGACAGGACUAUAAAGGUGGAGAUAUAUGAUUGGGACAGAGAUGGAAGUCAUGAUUUUAUUGGAGAGUUCAGCACCACUUACAGAGAAUUAUCCAAAGGACAAAGUCAAUUUAAUGCUUACGAGGUUAUUAAUCCAAGAAAGAAAAUAAAGAAGAAGAAAUAUGUAAACUCAGGCACGGUUACACUUUUGUCUUUUUCUGUGGAGUCAGAACACACAUUUUUAGAUUAUAUCAAAGGAGGCACACAGAUUAAUUUCACAGUUGCUAUUGACUUCACAGCAUCAAAUGGAAACCCUUCUCAGUCAACCUCUCUUCAUUAUAUGAACCCAUAUCAGCUGAAUGCCUAUGCUCUUGCACUGAAGGCUGUAGGGGAGAUUAUACAGGAUUAUGAUAGUGACAAACGUUUCCCAGGACUUGGAUUCGGAGCUAAACUUCCACCUGAUGGAAGAGUCUCCCAUGAAUUUCCCUUGAAUGGAAGUGUGGAGAACCCACAGUGUAAUGGAAUUGAAGGAAUCUUAGAAGCAUAUCAUAAGAGCCUGAAAUCCGUACAGCUCUAUGGUCCUACAAAUUUUGCUCCAGUAGUGAACAGAGUGGCAAGGUUUGCGACUGCUGUGCAGGAUGGCUCCCAAUAUUUUGUCCUCCUGAUAAUCACAGAUGGGGUCAUCUCUGACAUGUCACAGACAAAAGAGGCAAUUGUGAAUGCAGCUAAACUCCCCAUGUCCAUAAUAAUUGUUGGUGUAGGCCAAGCAGAGUUUGAUGCCAUGGUAGAAUUAGAUGGUGACGAUAUCAGAAUCUCAUCACGAGGAAAGCUGGCUGAAAGAGAUAUUGUACAGUUUGUUCCCUUUCGGGAUUACGUUGACCGUACAGGAAAUCAUGUGCUCAGUAUGGCACGCCUUGCAAAAGAUGUUCUUGCUGAAAUUCCAGAUCAGCUGAUUUCUUACAUGAAGGGGAGAGGUAUCAAACCGAGUACAGCGCCUCCUCCAUACACUCCAGAAGGACUACAGUCUCAAAUCUGAUGAUACGUUUGCCAGAACAAUUCCAUACUUAUGUGGAUGUGGUCUUUAAGCGGAACCUGUUUAAAGCAGCUGACUUGGUCCUUGGGAGGAAAUCCACUCUCUUUCUGACUCCUGUGAGAAUACCUUGGCAUUCCCUUGCCUACAUUUGCCCUUCUUCUAUAUCUAGCCAGUGGCAGACAUGAUGUUCAGGGAAUAAAUCCAUUCUCUUGCUGGUUUCUGACUGAUGGACAGAGAUGUGUUUCCAAUGUUCCACAGAUAUUUAACGAGUUAAGAAGUGGGAGGAGGGUAGUCUUACCCAUUGACCUAACCUAAUGUCUUCCCCAUUAAUGGCCACAUGAUGGUCAAUGUAUGUUUAAUAAUGUGUUCUAUUUGUAAUUCUUGAAUUUUUGAUAUUGUUAUGAUACCCCUUUAGUUAGGCCUUUCCCUAAAUUUCAACUGGAUUCAAUGUAUAAAGGCAGAAUAAUAAAAUAUAAUCUAUUGACUAGUGAUACAGAAAACCAAAACACCAUUAAAGAUCAUGUUCAUCUAAAGGGAUACUUCAGGCUGGAGUUAACCCACUUUUUGAAUCCAUUUCAGAGAUAAUUUUUUUUUUUACAAU